GAUGGUUACCAGGCUGCGAAAGUUCACGUGCUUGAAAAUAGUGCUCGUAGACGCACAGGAUGACAACACACCGUCCGCAAAAUGUUCAGUACAGCGUUAUCACCUGCGGCUGGGCUUCAGUAUACUUUACCCCAGGCUUUUAUUUGCAAGCACCCUGUCGGCCGAUACUAAAGCAGCACUAAGCGCGCCUUCGCAAUCAAACGACCCACUAACUGUCGAACGAAGCCAAAAACGAGCUGAUGUUUGAUUUGAAAGCAGAAUCCUUUAACAUCUGCUAGGCUUUACAAAUUAAGAGGGACUUAAGGGCGCUGGUCGUCGCGUUCACCACCACGACGCGCGACCGACUCCUUCUCGGUCAGGGUGGGCGCUUCCUUUGACGUUCGACAUUGCAUAAUAAUGAGGUGUAUUAUCACCAUCGAUGGUUUCAAAAGAGCCUCUGGCUCCGGCAGCAGCGCGGGAAGCCACGAUGAGCUAAGCGAAAGCGAAAAUGAGCCCCUGCCAUCUCGGACACCCAGCGGCAGCUCCGUUGGUGGUGCCACCGAGCGGCGCCGCACAACAUCCGGACGGCGCUGGCUCUGCCUACUCGUGGCGGGACUCGCCCUCCUUCCCGCUGCCGCGUUCGUGGUCGUCUGGGGCACCGGCACGCACUUCACCGCGUUCGCGCCGGUCUGGGUUCGUAGUCUGCGGGCGGAGAACCAGCAGGUCAGCGUGCACGCCCUCAACGGCUCCCAGACAGCUAGUCCAAGCAGCCCUAUAGUGACCGCUGCUACGGUGCGGAUGGACAAGCCAGCGCGCCCGCUGAAGCGGAACAGCGCAGCCGGUGGCUCUUCGGCUACCGACAACGGGAAUGCCACUGACACGAGUAACGCAACGGCGGCUGGCGAGAGCUCAAAAGGCCGCCGGCAAGUCUCGAUGGCUGCCCGCAACAGCAGCGGCAACGGUAGCGCCAUAGACAUGACCAUUCCUGCGUAUCCGCCGGCGCAGAAGCGGCUGUUGGAAGCAGCACUCAACACCACGUGCGGCACCCAGCCAAGCGGCAACAGCAGCAGCGUCGACCACUGUCCCACGGCCGCGAUUCGCCUCGUGUGGAACAUGCUGGUCGCCACCGCAGUGUCUCCCGCAGAGCUGCUGCUGCCGGCGCCACAGCAGGGGGCCAACCCCCAGCCGCAGCUGCUGCGGCCCGCAUCCCAGCAGCAGGGGAGCGGCGGGGCGGCUGCCACCGGUUGGAAACCUUUCCUUAACACGGUUCCCGAGCUGCAAGACCAGGCGUCGGAGAGCGCGUCCCGAAUCCUUGCCGCAACCGCCGCCUUUGUGCGGCGAUUACAACUGGUUGCGGCGGUUUCGCCUGCUGCGGCCUCCUUGGGCAACUUUGGCGCGGGAGACUCCUUAGCCUCCACCCCUUCGCGGCACCUGCUCAGCUCGGAGACAGCAGGCAGUGGCACCAGCAGUGGUGAAAGUGGCAGUGGCGGGACUGCUGGCUCCAAUACCCGCGACAAUGCGGUCUCACUGACCCCGGCCGUCGCCGCAGCCAUCGCAGCUGCCAACUCCAACUCCAAGGCUAGCAGCGGCCUCUCGCAGACGGCGCCCGACAGCGCCGACAGCACCAGCAGUAACGGCAGUAGCAGCGACGGCAGCAGCAGCUCCAGCACCACCGGUCCUGGGCAGCAGCAGGGACAGGGGCAAGGGCAGCAAAUGGGCGUGGGGCCGCAGAGGGUGGCGCGGGAAGUGUUGGAGUAUGCGGCCAUCGUGCAGAUUGAGCUGCAGGCCAUCCAGAGCGGCCGGCGGGCCAAGACCUUGGAAGCGUUCCAGUCCUUUCCUCUGGUCCGCCGCUCCGUGCUGGCGGCGUUGUCGGGCUGUGCGCUGCUGCUGGGCGCGGCGGAGGCGGCCGAGCGGUCCGCCAACGGCACCAUCAGCAGCAGCUGGCGGCAGCGCGCCUGGGGCCCGGACGUGGACGCCAAGGUGGAAUUACUACUUGGCGAGCUGUACUCGCUGCACCGGGACGGCGCCGUGCGCAAGCAGGGCGUGGAGCUGUUCCACGUGAGCAAGAGCGGCGGCACCUCCUUCGCCGACCUGUCAGCCCUCAACGGCUGUCUGUCCGCCACCCGCCACGACAACUGCCUGAUGCCGCGUCCCUGGGACGACCGCCCGCGCUGGCUCAACCCCACGGAGGCGCGCAACCGCUUCCAGCCCAUUGAGACCGGCAAGCAGGGCAUCAUUGACUGGUGGUCGGACACCGGCGCACGCCAGCCGUACGCCUUUGGUAACGACCCCAGCCGGGCCGGCUACUGCCGCAGCCGCCUUGCGACCAUGGCUGCCCGCUACAUCCAGUUUGCGACAAACGAGUACACGCUGUACGGCGGCCAGACCAGCCCACGUGACACCUUCAUGUGCCCCGAGCUGCUCAACACCAUUGUCGUCAGGGAGCCGCGUGCACGCCUCAUGUCACACCUGCAUUACAUGCUGCCCAUGCUGGUGGAGAUUGCGGGCACAGACGCUGCCUUUAGGCCUGGCGGCGGCGCAUCGACAGUGGCUGGCUGGGAUGCGGCAGCACCUUUCGUGUUUGACAACUACCUUACCAGGUCUCUCCUGGGUGAGGCCGUCUUCCGCUCCCGCCCCGUCGGUAGCCUGCGCGACGCCGCGCGCUUCUGGGCAGAUGACACGCCCGCCACCACACCCAACAACGCCACCGCCAGCAACACGGCCACCUCCACCUCCGCCACCAACCCCACCGCCGGCAGCACGGAGGGCGCGCAGGCAGGCGGAGCCGCCACCGCCACCGCCGCCGCCUCCUGGGCCAAGCUGGCCAGCGCGGCUCGGCUUAUGCUGCAGCAAUUUGAUGUGGUGAUGGCGCUGGAGGACGGAACCGGCAACCGGCCGCACUUCAAGCGCGGCCUGGGCUGGCCCUACCCAGUAGACAUCAUCCACAAGCGAGUCGGCUCCGAGGCUAAGAUCAAGGUGGACGUGGGGCCGCUGCUGCCGCCCGACCUGGAGGUGAUGCUGCAGCGCCACACGCUGGACACCCAGGUGUACCAGUACGGGCAGCUGUUCUCCAAGCUGGACCUGGUGGUGUGGGACACGGCCGCGCGCAUGGAGGCACAGGCGUGCCCGGGUGGCAGCGCUGCAGCCCGCGGCGGCCUCGUGACCGUCACCAGCCGCGCGGCCAUGUCGACCCUGACACGCCGCGCAACGCGCAUCGAGCGCCGCCUGCACUCCGUCACUGCUGACCCCUCCUCCGAUGCCGCUGGCGCCGCUAGCGACGGCGUGUCAGAGGUGCCGGCUUGGUUCAAGGGCUUUUCGGGAUCCGCCAAAACCAUGGCGGGCCAGGCCGGCUCCCCUUCCGACUUCCCGCCGCUCCUCACGCCGCCGCUGCGCCGGCUGCUCGGCGACCAAGAUGCCCUUCUUGCAGAGCUGGGGUCCAGCGUGGACAACGGCAGCGAAGGCAGUAGCAGCGAAGGCAGUAGCAGCCAUGGCAGUAGCAGUCGGAAACUGCUCAAGGUGCUGGCGAGCGGCGUGGCCAUCGGCGGCGUGCAGCACCGCUACGCGCCCACGAAUGUGCUGUCCAACCCCACCUACCUCACCAUCGUGGGCAAGGUGCUCGCGCUGGAGCAGUGGAACGUGACGCAAGCGGUGCGGCAGGGCCUGCGCCAGCUGCAGCAGCCGGGGCAGCAGGGCCUGCAGCAGCAGCACCCACAGCAGGGGCAGCACGGGCAGCAGGGGCAGGGGCAGCAGCUGCAACCGCUGCAGGCGCGGCCGCAUCAGUGCACAACGGUGGCGGCCGCCUCAUGGGGCUCGAUCACCGGCACAUGCGGUUGGGUGGGCGUGAAGCUAUGGGCGUCUUCGUUGCAUGCGCGUGGACAGCUGGUGGUGUAGUGGGCGUGAAUGGGGUGUUUGUAUGUUGAGUUGGCUGUGUCAGAACGCGCAGCACCGUUGCGUGUGUUUGGCGUUUGCUUUGCCGGUGGGCCCUUGUGUUUGAGAGAACAUGCAAAGAAACAACGCAGGACUCUGCAUCCGAUGCAGUGCAACGCUGAUGGUAUUGCCUUGCUUGGACCUGCCUUGUGUGUGCGUGUGUAAGCGGACGUGGCUUCCGCGGAACUAACGUUCUGCUGACUGCCUGCGAGCUGGUAUCGAGCUGAUACGCCCGAUGAGUGGAUGAUGAUCUGCGAUCGAGGAGCAGCUCAUACGUGUGGCAAUCUUUGUUGAACAAAUGAAUGCAUGGGCGUAUGGGAGCACGGACUUUCUUAGCAUGGAGUACUUCAAUCACUGACGGAUGCGGGUAAUGGCACACUGCGAACUGAAUGACGGGGGCUUGAUCGAUGGACGAAUGCAGUGAACGGCGGGGCAUUGGCGUACAUACGGUGUGCUGCUCCGGCGCGUGGGACAGGUACACUUGCAGCGCCCCGCGGGCUCCCAAGAACUCCGAGAGUUGCGCUGCUAAUACGGUAGUGCAUUAAUGAGGGGGAUAGGUUAGGAUUUUGCCUGUCAGGACGCAGAUGGAAGUCAAGGAGAAGUCAAGUUUACCGCGGUAGUUGAGGCCGCGAGCGCGCCCCACAUGUGGCGUGUGCGUGGGUGCAUUUACAUCAAACACAGCGGCUGGACGAAACACACAGCAUGCGGCAAGCAUGCAAGUAUCAAUGCAUAGAAUGGCUUGCUAGUUCUUGGAUAGGGCUGCAAGGGGCUAGCUGCUCACCAAUUACCGGAAACGUAACGGGUGGCAAACGCGCAUGUGCAGGAUGUGUUUGUGCCCCGUUGCUCGGGUCAAGUGCUGAUUGGUAGAAUUGCUGCUGAAGUAAGGAAUGUGAGGUGGCAAUGAAUAGCGGCAGUUGCGGGUACGUAGCUGCAAGCCCGAGGGCGGGCCCAGACCAGACGCAGACCAGACGCAGAUAUGCGGCCGUGUAGGAGGCUCACUAGUUGGAGGCCUGUAAGGAUGAUACGUU